CAAUGGCUCCAACAGAAUCACACUCCCACUGUUUCGGGUUUUCAGUUGAAGAACCCCUCCGUCAACACAGCUUCUGCAUACAACAAAACAAUUAACCAACAAUUUGAAUCUCAAACCCUCAAAAAUAGACAUUCGAUCGCCAUGUCCGACUCCGAGUCUGGAUUUUGCCCAUACCGGCACUUCAACAUUGCGCCAAACCCCGACGGCACGCUCACUCGAUUCACCCAAUUCCCAACCGUCCAAGCUAACCCCCACGGAGCUCCAGGAGACUCCGUAGUUUCUAAGGAUGUCACGAUCGAUCGCGACAAGAAUCUCUGGGCACGGAUUUACCGACCCACAAAAUUGCCUUCCAAUGACAGCAUCGUCGCUCGCCUUCCCACUAUAAUCUACUUCAAAGGCGGAGCCUUUGUUUUCUUGAGCGCAGCAGAUAAAACGGUCCAUAAUAUGUGUUCUCAAUUAACUAGCGAAGUACCGGCCAUCGUCGUCUCCAUCAGUUAUCGUCUCGCACCGGAGUGUCGCCUGCCGGGGCAGUACGAAGAUGCCGUUGACGGAAUUCUCUGGACGAAACAACAGUUUGUAGAUCCAGAAGGUGAUGAAUGGUUAAGAGAUUUCGGCGAUUGUUCACGGUGUUACCUUGCCGGACGCGGUAGUGGAGGGAAUGUGGUGUUCAACGUCGCUGUACGAGCGCUUGAUUUGGAUUUGAAGCCAUUGAAGAUAUGCGGGUUGAUUAUGAACCAGCCUAUGUUUGGUGGGAACCAGAGGACGGGUUCGGAGCUCCGAUUUGCUACGGAUCAGCUUCUUCCACUACCCGUACAAGAUCUCAUGUGGGACCUAGCGUUGCCAUUGACGACCAAUCGGGACCACCGGUAUUGUAAUCCAAUGGUGGAUGGUCCGCAUAAGGAGAAAUUCAGGUUGUUGCAGCGAUGUUUGUUAAUCGGGUUUGGAGGUGACCCGAGGAUUGAUCGGAUGCAGGAGUUUGUGGAGAUGUUAGCAGAUUGUGGAGUCGCUGUGGAUGCCCAAUUUGAUGAAUUUGGGUUUCAUAACAUUGAUAACGUUGAUGAUGGAUGGCGUAGUGCGAUUUUGAACGCUAUCAGAGAAUUUAUAUACUAAGAAAUUUGAUGAAGAUCCAAGAGACUGCUAGUUUAAGCUCUGCAUUGCUAUGUAGGUAAUCAAAUUUGAUGAUCAAGUAUGAAGGAAUGGCUGUAAGUUCAAAGAAUUUAUUUGAUGAUAUACAAUGAUUUUUUGCACAACAAAGAAUCGAAGAAUUUAAGGAACGAAUCGAUAACUAAAAUGUUAUAAGGUGAUGUGUUGUCGUGUAGUAAUUGUUUUAGAGAAAUCUUGAUUGCUUGCAUUCAAUUGGGAGGCCUUCCGAGAAGCGCUUGAAGUCAUUGCAGUAGUUAUAUAUCAUGUAUUUUUGUUGCACCCAUCGGAUCCU